AGGCAGGGGAGGUGCGGAGAGCAAGCGGGGGCUCUGAGGACUGCCAGCAUGCUGUCACCUCAAACCCACCUUCCCUUUCAGAGCAGAAGUAUAUGUGUGUGUGUGUGUGUGUGUGUGUGUGUGUGUUUGGGGGUCCAUUCCACUCCGGGUGUGCAAAUAGCCACUUUAUCGUCUCCAAAAAACCUGCCCUUCCCUCUCCGUCUCUGGGCUCACUGCAGUUCCCAGCUCAGCCGCUUGGCGACUCUCCAUUCAGGAAGUGCCUUCUCAAAGGAAGCUGGUCCCAGCUGGCCUUGCGGCAUGACUUAGCUUUUCUCUGUGAUGUGUCGCGGAGUCGCCGGUAGGGUUCGGUGUGGCGAGGGGGACCUGCUUCUCUCUUUGUGAGAACAAGGGAGUGAGGGAGGAAGGAGGCCAAGGAGGAGGCCAGGACUGAGCAAGGACUAAAGUAAGACUGAAAGGGGAGGUGAGGGGUGGACUGGUUGUCGGCAGCAGCCGGUACCGGAAGCGGCGGCGGCAGCCGAAGCGACGCACCGUGAGGCAGCUGCUUGACUAGGCUGCAGCCGCCAUGGCGAUGAACUUUGGGGACCAUGCCAGCGGGUUCCGCCAUGAUGAUGUGAUCAGGUUCAUCAACAAUGAAGUCCUCAGGAACGGCGGCAGCCCAGCCUUUUACAGGGCCUUCCGCUCGCGGCCGUGGAACGAGGUAGAGGACCAGCUUCGGGCCAUUGUGGCCGACCCGCGGGUGCCCCGCGCCAUUAAGAGGGCCUGUACCUGGAGCGCUUUGGCUCUGAGUGUGCGAGUGGCCGCGAGGCAGCGGGAGGAGCUGCUGCACCAGGUUUGGCGGCUGCAAGGGCAUGUGGAGGAGUGCCAGGCAACCUCCUGGGCUCUAACUUCCCAGCUGCAGCAGCUGCGCCUGGAGCAUGAGGAGGUGGCAACACAGCUGCACCUCACGCAGGCCACCCUGCAGCAGGUGCUGAAUGAGCGUGAUGGGUUAUGCGGGAGGCUGCUAGAAGUUGAGAGAUCCAUGCAGGUCUAUCCGAUGCCUCAGGAUUUUGUACCCGGUCCAGAAGCCGGCCAGUAUGGGCCUGUGGCCGGGACUUUAAAUGCAGAACAGAGUGAGGCGGUGGCCACAGAGGCACAGGGAAUGCCACAUUCGGAAGCCCAGGUAGCAGCCCCAACAGCUGCGUAUUACAUGCCUGAACUCCAGAGUGGCAGGGUCCAGGGCAUGCAACCUCUUCUGCUUAUGCAGGCACCUCAUCCAGUCCCAUUCCAUAUGCCUUCACCAAUGGGACUGCCAUACUCAACACCUCUACCACCCCCAGUAGUAAUGGAAUCAGCAGCAGCAAUUGCACCACAGAUGCCUCCUGCAGGGAUCUAUCCACCUGGUCUUUGGGCCACAGUGGGGUCCCAGGAGGAGACGGCCCCUCCGUGGGACCAGAAGUGCCAUGGCCAGGAUGGAUAUCCUGAGAAUUUCCAGGGAGUAUAUCACCCAGGAGAUAACAGAAGCUGCAACCAAAAGGAAGGUUCUGAGUGGCCCCAAGGAAUGACCUCCCAAGGGGACAGCAGCAGCCACAGCCUGAAGAAAGAUCCAGUGAUGCAAGAGGGCACAGCUCCCCCAGAGUUUAGCGGGAGCCACAGCCUGGAGAAAAAACCAGUGAUGCCCAAGGAGAUGGUCCCCCUAGGGGAUAGCAACAGCCACAGCCUGAAGAAAGAUCCAGUUGUGCCCAAGGAGAUGAUCCCCCUGGGGGACAGCAACAGCCACAGCAUGAAGAAAGAUCCAGUGAUGCCCAAGGAGAUUGUCCCCAUAGGGGACAGCAACAGCUACAGCCUGACGAAAAAUCCAGUUGUGCACAAGGAGAUGGUCUCCCUGGGGGACAGCAACAGCCACAGCAUGAAGAAAGAUCCAGUGAUGCCCCAGAAGAUGGUCCCCCUGGGGGACAGCAACAGCCACAGUCUGAAGAAAGAUCCAAUGAUGUGCCAGGAGAUGGUCCCCCUGGGGGACAGCAACAGCCGUAGUCUGAAGAAAGAUCCAGUGGCGGCCCAGGGCACAGCUCCCCUGAUGUAUAGCAGGAGGCACAGCGAGAAGAAAGUGCCAAUGAUGCCCAAGGAGAUGGUCCCCCUGGGGGAAAGCCACAGCCACAGCCUGAAGAAAGAUCCAGUGAUGCCCCGGAACAUGAUCCCCCUGGAGGACAGCAACAGCCACAGUCUGAAGAAAGAUCCAAUGAUGCACCAGGAGAUGGUCCCCCUGGGGGACAGCAACAGCCAUAGCCUGAAGAAAGAUCCAGUGGUGCCCCAGGGCACAGCUCCCCUGAUGUUUAGCAGGAGACACAGCCUGAAGAAAGUGCCAGUGAUGCCCAAGGAGAUGGUCCCCCUGGGGGACAGCCACAGCCUGAAGAAAGAUCCAGUGAUGCCCCAGAACAUGGUCCCCCUGGAGGACAGCAACAGCCAUAGCCUGAAGAAAGAUCCAGUGGUGCCCCAGGGCACAGCUCCCCUGACGUUUAGCAGGAGACACAGCCUGAAGAAAGUGCCAGUGGUGCCCCAGGGGACAGCCUCCCUGGGGUUCAGCAGGAUCCACGGCCUGAAGAAAGAGUUAGUGAUGCCCGAGGAGAUGGUCCCCCUGGGGGACAGCAACAGCCACAGCAUGAAGAAAGAUCUAGUGAUGCCCAAGGAGAUGGUCCCCCUAGGGGACAGCAACAGUCACAGCCUGAAGAAAGAUCCAGUGGUGCACCAGAAGAUGGUCCCCUUGGGGGACAGCAACAGCCACAGCCUGAAGAAACAUCUAGUGAUUCCCCAGGGCACAGCCUCACUGAGGUUUAGCAAGAGCCACAGCCAGAAGGAAGAUCAGGAGAGGCCCCAGGCAACCCCUCUGGAGGAUAGCAAGAGCCAUGGUGUGAAAAAUAGCCCAUGGAAACACCAGCCUCAGGGGCAGAAGGUCAAGGAACGAAAAAGGAAAAAGGCCUCAGAAUCCCAGCAACAGAAGCCUGCCUCAUGCUCCAGCCCAGUGAAUUGGGCCUGCCCAUGGUGUAAUGCCAUGAAUUUUCCACGGAACAAGGUGUGCUAUAAAUGCAAGAGAGUCCGUAUGCCAGUUGAGAAUGGCAGCGUUGACCCAGCGUAAACUCAUUGAUUUCAGGAAGUUUUACAGGUGAAGUCCUGUUUUUGUGUCUUAGCUCCACCAAACUUGCUUGUUUCUGAAGAAGCUGAACCUGUGACAUUAGAAGAUCUGCCAAAGCCACAAGAAGUAACACCUCAAUUCUGAUGGACCCACACCUCACUGAGACCCCAACUGGCUGCAGUCAAGAAGGGUGAAAGGAAGUCAGGGAAGAAGAGAUCAUUUGACACUCACUAGGGGGAAAAGGGAGAACAAAAUUGUUUUUGUAGAGUUGAAUUUUUUCAUUGGUAUGGGAAUUAACUUAGAAAAGUUUGGGGAGUUGUAGUGUUAAAUUCUAUAGAUGGUAGCAACUUUGAUGAAUUUCACUUAAUUCAUUAAAUAAGAAGUUUAGGGAAAGAGUUUAGGGGGUUGUAGUGUUAAAUUCUAUAGCUGAUAGCAACUUUAAUUAAUUUCAUUUAAUUCAUUAAAGAAAUAGUUAUUGCCUAGUAUGUUUUGGGAGCUAGACUUGUAUGUUAUUAUCUAGUACACACAGCAUAAUCUUUUAUUGUGAAUUUGGUUAGAAGAUAGGAAAGAGCAUAAUUUGGCAUACACAUUAGAUCAGGGAUGUCUUCUUUGCCUUGCAUAUAGCGUGACCUUGGAUAAAACCAAUUGAAGUAACAUCCAGAUCCAUUUCUGUGGUUCUGGGGCCAAUGUGAAAGAGACUUUCAUGAAAGGUUUUUUGUUUUGUUUUUUUGUUUUUUUUUUUUUUGAGAAAUGAGGUCUCAUUUUGUCGCCCAGGCUGGAGUGCAGUGGCAUGAUCAUCAUAGCUCACUGCAGCCUCAAACUCCUGGGCUCAAGUGAUCCUCUGCCUCAGCCUCCCGAGUAGCUGUGAGCCACCAUGCCCAGCCCUUAUGAAAGGUCUUGAGUAACCAAACUGCUUGUCUCAUUGGUCUCAGGUGAGAUAAAUGAGCAGUGACAAAGUUUGGGAAAGUGUCCUCACAAAAAUGCAGGCAGAGCUUUUCUGAAUUCCUCUGCUGAUUUCCUCCUUUGAGAAGGAUAGCUAUUUUCCUGGUUGCCCACCAGCCUGCCUGAAAGACCUGGGGUGUCUUGAAGAAAAACAGUGCUUUGGGGAGUGUUCACUACACACGCUAGCUUUCAGCCUCAGGCUGCCCCCAUCCCAAGUCCCUUUUCAGUCAGCAGUGGAUGAAGAACAAAAUGGAUUCCAAGGACAAACACUGGGGGCACCAGGUUAUGGAUGGUGUUUCUCUUGGGAGGAUAAAUUGGGUUAAAAAUAGAGCUAGACUGGGGCAAGCACUCUUGGGAAUACCCCAGGACCCCCACCUCUCCCUCUUUGGUGUGUUCUCUGCAGGCUUACCCAAGGCAACUGCUGCAAGGCAAGGAAGGAGCCAGGGUGGAGCCCAGGGGUGGUUGGUUAGAUCUGCCUUCAAUCCAAGCUAAAGAUGUCCUUGAGUUUCCCAAUGAGAUCCCACCCAGCUCACCAAAAUCAAUGUUUGUCAGGGAUUUUCUGGGCCUAACUAGUAAUAAAGAAUGUGCAUUUGAC